UUUCUCAAAGAAAACAUAUAAAUAUUUUAAUUAGUUUUGAAUUUUUAUUAUAAAUAUUUUGCGUUAAAGUGAAUAAUUGUACAGUACCUAUUCGGUUUUCAAAAGAUGCACUUGAUAUUUUUGUUUGGUUUUCUUGCAGUGUUUGCCGAAAGAGGCUAUGCUGCAAGUUUUACUUUCUGUAAGUCCAGCGACGAUGGAUGUUUAGUCAAAAAUAUCCAAAGUGCUAUUACCUCGUUAAAAUCGGGAAAUUCAGAAUAUGGACUCAAAUCUCUGGACCCGCUUAGUGUGGACAAAAUGACCAUCGGCGCUGGCAGUGGACCAGUCCAGCUAGUCCAGAAAUAUGACCAUCUUACAUUAUCCGGACUUACGGAUAUUACUGUAAAUAAAGCACAUUACGAUGCUCAAAAGAAAUCUCUACAGAUGCUUGCCACCGUUCCAAAAGUCACCCAAAAAGGUCACUACGCUCUUGACGGUGCCAUAUUAACUUUACCAGUCGUUGGUGACGGACAAUCUACAAUAACACUUGAAAACGUCGAAUUCACCCUGAACUUCCAAUUCGAAGAAACGAAAAAAGGCGAUCAAACGUACUUCAAAAUCAAAUCCGUUACGAACAGCAUCGAACCGAAGCAUAUGACUUUGAAUUUCGAAAAUUUGUUUAACGGAAAUAAUUUGUUGGGAGAUAACAUCAAUAAACUAGUUAAUGAGGAAUGGCGGGCCUUAUAUAAUGACGUACAAAGCGAUGAAGGAUGUUUAGUGAAAAGUAUCCAGAGUGCCAUUACCUCAUUAAAAUCAGGAAAUUCAGAAUAUGGACUCAAACCUCUGGACCCGCUUAGUGUGGACAAAAUGACCAUCGGCGCUGGUAGUGGACCAGUCCAGCUAGUCCAGAAUUAUGACAAUGUUGCAUUAUCCGGACUUACGGAUAUGACUGUAAAUAAAGCACACUACGAUGCUCAAAAGAAAUCUCUACAGAUUCUUGCCACUGUUCCAAAACUAACCCAAAAAGGUCACUACGCUCUUGACGGAGCCAUAUUAACUUUACCAGUCGUUGGCGAUGGAGCAGCUACAUUAACACUUGAAAACAUCGAAUUUACUCUGGAGUUCCAGUUCGAAGAAACGAAAAAAGGCGGUCAAACGCACUUCAAAAUCAAAACCGUUGCACACACCGCUAAACCGAAUCAUAUGACAUUGAAUUUCGAAAAUCUGUUUAACGGCAAUAAAUUGUUGGGAGAUAAUAUCAAUAAACUAGUCAACGAAGAAUGGCGAACUGUAUAUCAUGACGUACGAGGGAACUUGGAAAGCAGUUAUGCUGAAAUUUACCGGAAAUACGCUCAAGACUUUUUCGAUAAAGUGCCUGUUGACAAGUUAUUUUUAAAUUAACUUAAUGAAUAAAUAUAUUUCUUAACGAGCGGAAAAAA